AUGAAAAUAUUAUUUUGUUUAAUUUUAUCAAUUUUGAUAUUUAAUCAAUUUUACCAUACUAAUGGUUAUGGUGAAUCUCUAAAUGGUUAUCCAAAUGCAAAGGAAAGGGAAAACUUUAAUCUAAUUAAUUUAAUUCGUUUGUUUCCAUUGGAAUAUAAAGCAAAUUAUAUGACUGGUUAUAAUGGUUUAAAUAAUGUAUUUUCAAAAUAUGGUCAAGCUGUACCACCAGUAUAUUAUGACUAUACACUAAAUCAAUUAGCAAGAUCUCAUUCACAAGAUAUGGCCACCAAUAGAUGCUUUAAGCAUGACUCUUGUGAUGGAACAUCAAUAUGGACAAGAUUUGAUUCGUAUAUUACCUGCUCUGGUCAAUCAUCUGGUGAAAAUAUUGCAGCUGGUGCUAACCCAUUCGAUGCUACUAAUCUUUUAGUUUGCGACGAAGUAAAUGGUCAGUGUGCUGCAGAUAAUAGUGGAAAUGAUGGCCAUAGAGUUAAUAUUAUGUCUGAUUCAUUUAAAACUUUGGGUGUUGGUUGGGUAGAACAAUCAGGUGGUCAAUAUUCCGAUUAUUUAACCCAGGAUUUCCAUGGUGGUAAUUGUAACAACAUUAACAAUCCAAUUUAUUCAGCUUAUCAUACUUUUUAUCCAUCAACAAGUACUCAGUUUAUUGCUAUCUUUUAUAGUAAUACCGAAAGUGUCAGCAAAUUUUCAUUAGUUUUUGAAGAUGGCACAAGUCAUAAUUUGCCAGUAGUAUAUGGUACUUCAUCCAAAGGAGCUUUUAUUACAACAUUACCUUCUGUUGAAAGCUGUGCAAAAUAUUACUUUUCUGCACAAACAUCAUCAAAUGUUUAUAAAAUGCCUGAAACUGGAUAUUUCCAAGUAUCUAAAAGUUCAUCAUGUGCUGGAUGGGUAGCUGGUGACACA